GUUCCCUUUCCACCCUUCCACCAUGAGGUGGUAAACAGUUUACGAAAGCGGCGGUGAGCCAACCCUUUCCUGCCAGCCAGCGCCUGGAGAGUGGGCUGCAGAGGACGCAGCCAGRGCGCGGUGAGGCUCUGGUGGAGCUGAGUGCAGCUGAUAACCCGGGUAUCGGUCCAGCCGGGAGCACCCCGGGUCCCCUGGAGGCCCUGGAGCAAAGCGCGCCGAGACCCCGCCCUGAUGUCGCCGGAUAGGCGCAGUGGCUCCGCCUCCAGUCACUUCCGACAGGGGCGCUGGCCCAGCCACGCCCACUUGUCUGGCGGCCCUGCACACUUUGUGAAUUUGGGGAUUGUUGCGUAUGACAACCGGGCUCAAAAGGGACUCCCCUGCUUGGCUGGCACUGUUUUCCUGUUCAUCUUCUGAAAGGUGAUGGUGUCUUCCGCGCCCUGCACGGCGCUUCCCCGCCGCGGAAAGAGUUCCUUUACUUUACAGCGGUGCCUACUAGGGAUCUUUCUAGCGACUUUGGCAUUCCUGCUGUUUACACUCUCUGAGGCCUGUGUACUGCCACCACCAUUUCAAGCUUUGGAGCUCGUUGGCAAACCUAAACCCUAUUAUGAGGUUGGAGAAGAAGUAACUUAUAGGUGUAAAAAAGGAUAUGACCAAGUAUUGGGGUUUCUCACAAUUGCUACUUGUGAGCCAAAUCAUACCUGGGUGCCUAUUUCAGAUGAUGCCUGUAUGAAAAGAAGAUGUCCAUAUUUAGGUGCUCCUAAAUUUGGCAAAGCCGAUUACCCAAAUGGAACUCACCAGUGGGGUGCUCAAGUUCAUUUUUCUUGUUCUAGUGGUUAUUACAUAAUUGGUAAAGCAAUCAUAAAUUGUGUGCUUAAGGGAGAAAACCCACACUGGGAUGGUAAAGUCCCACAAUGUGAAAAGAUUUUGUGUGAACCACCUCCAAAAAUCAAAGAUGGGAAAUACUCCUUUAGUGACAUAGAAGUAUUUGAGUAUAUGGAAGCAGUAACUUACAGUUGUAAUAAAAAACCUGCAGGAGAAGAACUUUCACUUGUGGGAGAAAAAGAGCUUUACUGUGCUGGCAACGGAGUAUGGAGUAGCAGUCCUCCUCAGUGUAAAGUGGUCAAAUGUCCAUUUCCAGCAGUCGAAAAUGGAAACCAGUUAUCGGGACUCGGAAAAAAGUUUUCCUAUAGAGAUACAGUUGUGUUUGAAUGCAUUCAGGGUUAUUACAUGAAUGGCAGCACCACCUCUGUCUGUAACGGUGAAAGUGUUUGGGAGCCUCCAUUGCCAAAAUGUCUUAAAGUGUCAACUUCUCCCAGUACAAAACCUCCAGUUUCCACUGUUUCAGGAUAUCCCAAUCCCGAUGGACUGUUUGAUGAUGAAUUCGCUCAAUGGAUCAUUUUGCUGAUUAUUCUUAUUGCAAUUGUUUCGAUUGCUAUAAUUAUCCUCUGCCUGUACAGACGUUUUCAACGCAGGAAGAAGGGGAAAACAGUUAGAGCUCAAUACAACACUUACCAGAAAAGUUUGACCACUUCAGCGGAGCCAACUACGUGAUUUCCACACACCUGUGUCUCCGUUUAUCUUUUAAUUCUGCUAAGAGCUUCUCAUCUGCAAUAGUUAAUGUGGAUGCACUGCUGAGUUAUGCUGUUCAUAUUUUAAUGUGACUGGAAUGUAGUAACCCUCUGUUUAUACACAUAUGAACUGGGGUCUGAACACAGUUCCUGUUUCCCCCUAACAUUUGGACUUAGGGGGGCAAAUCAACACAGUAUCCCUGACAGUCUUAAGAUGGGGAAAUGAUUUGUUUUGUAAAAUGGGAAAAUCCAGAAAAAUAUAGCUCAAAAUGAAAUUACAUUGCAUUUUUUUCAAAAAGUGGUUUUGAAAGCUUUUUAAUGUGAACUCUUAAUAUUCCAUCUUUCCACAACUCUUUAAUGUUAUUUUUYUAUUUUGUUCAUUGUAAAAAGCCUUCACAAACAGGUGUAUAUAUUCCUAUAUACCAGAACACUGAUAAUUGGGAAUAUUGAUAAUUUUGACCUCCUUAACUAAGAAUAUUAUUGGAAAAUUAUCCAGAAGUUAACAGGAUAACCUUUUUGGUAACUUCUUUGAUUUAAAGAUGCUAGAAACUUUAUGUAAGGCCUUUAAUUUUUUUWWAAAUUUUACUUAUUAGUUAUAUAUGACAGCAGAAUGCAUUUUCUUUAUCUAUUCAUCUACUAAAGGG